AUGGGGGAAUAUUCCGGAGUCUACGAGUUCCUGAAGCACCCGUUGUCCGACGAAGACCACGCCGGAAGGCGCGCUCCGGUCAACCGCUCCUUCCAGUGCCUCUACUGUCCUCGGAAGUUCUGCACCUCGCAGGCGCUCGGCGGCCACCAGAACGCUCACAAGAGGGAGCGAGCCGCAGCACGGAGAACCCUCGCCGAACGCCUCGGCCGCUUCCACCACAUCCCAGACCUCCCGUCUGCGGCGGAACACGGCGGCGGCGUCGGGGUUGUAUCGCCGUUCCUGGAGAACUGGCUCGGCGAACCGCUACUUCAGACGGCGAACAUCUCACCAUCAUCAUCGGCUGUGGCGGUGGCGGUGACUCAGCCUCACCACCACCAUGAAUACGGAUUCGGUGUUCAUCACGGGAUUGGAGUUUCCAGAGCUCGCGAUGACCAUGGCCAUCUGGGUCUCUCGUCCACCGUCGCUGAUGCAGCUGACCUCGUAAACCUUGACCUCACCCUCCGCCUUUGA